AUGUGUUUAUGUAAUAACGUGACAUUUAACAUGUGUCGUAAACAUAUUCGUUCCCGAAGGCUUGUGAACAUCAGUCAGUUGGGAAUUGAUCGCAUUGUGGAUUUACAGUUUGGAUCAGAUGAGGCAGCUUACCACCUGAUUGUAGAACUUUAUGACAGGGGCAAUAUUUUUCUCACUGACUACGAAUACACAAUUUUGAGUCUUCUAAGAACAAGAACAGAUGCCGAUGAUGUCAAAUUUGCUGUACGUGAAAAAUACCCAGUAAAUUCUGCUCGACAGAGGGAACCAUUGAUGAGCCAAGAAAGCGUAUGUGAAAUUUUAGUGAAAAGCAAGGAAGGAGUAGAAGUAAAGAAGGUUUUAAAUCCACAUUUUGUCUAUGGUGCCGCUCUAAUAGAACAUUGCCUUAUGGAAGUAGGUUUCCCUGAAAAUGUCAAGAUUGGAAAAGGAUUUAAAAUAGAAGAAGAUCUUACUAAGGUAAUGGAGGCUUUGAAGAAAGCUGAAAGUUUUCUGGAAAUGACAAUAUCAAGAAUUUUACCCAUUCUUACUAAAUCAACACAAGAAAAGUCCAUAUCUGGAGUUUCCAUCAUUUGACAAGGCAGUGGAUGAGUUCUUCUCAAAAAUCGAAAGCCAGAAAAUUGACAUGAAGGCUCUGUCUCAGGAAAAAACAGCACUGAAGAAGUUAGAAAAUAUCCGAAAAGAUCACCAAAGAAGAAUUGACUCGUUGCAAAAGUCUCAGGAUGUUGACAUGUUGAAAGCAGAACUUGUGGAGUUAAAUCUACCGUUGGUGAGUUGGAAGCCUUUCAGUAGCCCUUUUCAAAUUAUUUUAUGGGUAUCCUUCAAUCUUUUUUUUUUGCCACCAGGGUGA